GAUCGGGCACCGCCAUCAGAGCCAGCACCCCCGAGCCCCCAGGAGAUGGGGGGCAGCGGCGCCCCGAGUCCCGCGGGAAGCUGGGGGAGCACUGCGGGGGUUGUGGGGUACAAAAAAGGGGUUGGGGUGACCCCCCCUGCAGGGUGGGGGGCUGUGCCCUGCUGGGCUCUGAUGCCACCGUGUCCCCCUCCCCAAAUGAGGGGCUGGGCCGUUCCUGGGGGUCCCCAGCACCAUGGGGGUCCCCAACACCCCCAUUACACCCCACAUGGACGCUCCAGCACUGGCUGGGGGGGCAGCAUCACCAUGGGGACCCCCCCAGCCCCUGAGUGACCCUGGGGUGACGCUGGACAGGGUUUGGGGGGUCCCCACAUUGGUGACACCCCCUCUGUGACACCAUUGCUGCCCCAUGGCCGGGAUUUGGGGGUGACAGGGGUCCCGCGCAGUGUCCCCCCGCCGCUGCCCGGGCCCCUCCGUGCCCUGCGCUCCCCCAAAUCCCCCCUCCCCUCCCCGUGACCCCAGAACCUUCCGGGAUCUCCUUAUGGCAUCAUCGGCAGGGGCAGCAGCGCUCCCCGCUCGGCGCCUGCGCCCGCCGCGCCGCCGGAGCCUCCGCGGGCCUCGGCACGGCCCGAACCGGGGGUGCCCCUCACCCACCCCCCCAUCGCCGUGCUGCCCCCGGAGCCCCCCCAGAACCUGCCGGGCCCCCCACCCCGAGCGCCGCACAACGAUGGGCUGAACGCGCCCGGCGUCUCGCAGGCACAGGCCGGGCUGGGGGUGCGCCAGACAAAGACCCCCCCCCCAAAAAAAAACCAAAAAUCCCCUGGGGGUGCUCAGGGGGUCACGGAGCCCCCCUCGGGCCGCUGAGGGACCCCCGCGUGUCCCCGAGGAGCCGCCGGUCCCGGUUUGAGGAGCGCCAGCGCCGGGAGCAGCAGGUGCCCCCAUGGCGUCGUUCCGCAUCCGGCAGUACCAGGAGCAGGACUACGAGGCCGUGCGGGCGCUGUUCGCCCGCGGCAUCCUGGAGCACGCCCCGGCCGGCUUCCGGCACAUUCUGCGGGCGGCGCGGGUGCGCCUGGCGCUGCUGGCCGUCUUCGUGGCGGCGCGGGCGGCCGCGGGCUCCUGGGUGCUGGGGCUGGGCGCGGUGGCGCUGGCGCUGGUGCUGCUCUGGGUGCUGGUGCGCUCGCUGAGCGCGCGAAUACGUCUUGUGGCGCUGGGCACCGACCAAUGCGGCGUGCCCGGCGCCUGCGCCCCGCCCGACUGCCGCUUCUGGGUGGUCGAGGAGGCCGGAGCCGUGGGCGGGCAUGGUGGCGGCGGUGCCCGCGGGCCGUGGCGGCUGGAGCUCAAGAGGAUGUCGGUGAGCCGCGAGCACCGGGGCCGCGGGCUGGCGCGGGCGCUGUGCCGGGAGGUGCUGGCCUUCGCCCGUGCCCGCGGCUACGGCGCCGUGGUGCUCAGCACCUCCAUGGUGCAGGUGGCGGCGCAGCGGCUCUACGAGGGGCAGGGCUUCCGCAGGGUGGGCACCUCGUACCCCUCGCUGCUGGGCACCUUGCUGAACUUCCAGAUCUUUCACUACCGCUGUGAGCUGGGCGAUGGAAAUAAGUAGGGCCCCGGUGGCGUGGCGCCCCAAAGCUGGCACUGCCGUGGCGCCCCAGCUCCAGCCCUGGCACGGCGCCGUGAGCCCGGGACAUGAGGCGUCGCCGUGGCACGCGUGGCGCUGCCGUGGCACCCGAACCCUGGCACCGCCGCUGCCCGUGAACCCUGGCACUGCUAUGACACCCCAAACCCGGCCCCGGGACACCACCCCAGCACUCCGACCCCAAUCCUGGCACAGCACCGCGAGCCCAGGACACAGAGCACCACCGUGGCACCCCAGCCUGGCACUGCCCUGGCACCGUGACACCGGGAUGUGUGGCACUGCCUUGGCACUGUGACACCGGGACGUGUGGCACUGCCCUGGCACAGUGACACCGGGAUGUGUGGCACUGCCCUGGCACCGUGACACCGGGACUCCACCACAGCACUCCGCCCCUGGCACAUGAAGCACCGCCAUGGCACCCCCGAUCCCCACCCCGGCACAGGGGGCACCUCCGUGACCCUUCCUGGGUUUCCAGCAGCAGGAAAUAAAGAGAGACC